AUGUCUGGGAGGCGCAGUGAGCCGUCAGCCCGUCGCCGCUCUGUCGCUGUGCUCUUCCGGAGAAACGAUGGAAAGAGAGACCGCGAUGAAGUCCCGUUUGUCGGCUACUUGAGUGAGUGUCGGACACAGCGGGGUGAGGCGGCAACUCGCAGCUUCACCCCGUUUCGCCAAGCUGGUCUCUUCAUGAGCAUCAACAAUCCCGCCGUGCGUGUCGCGCCGUUGUCCCUCAGCGCAGAUGAAAAAGAGCGUCAGGAGGUGGAGUAUAUGUUUCCGAGCUGCCCCCCAAUUGGCGUGGUCAAAGCAAAGCACUUCCCUUUAGCGACUGCAGCACGGCUCCUCGAGUCACUGACUGCGGCUGGGCUAGACGAGCGCGACUUCGCUCUCUCGGGUACCUCAGCAAGACGGUGUCUCAGCAUCCACACAAGUCCCGAACCAAGCGAUGUCGAGGCGCUUUGUGCUACAGUCCCCGAGGAGCUGGUGCGCGCGCUGUGUCGUGACAGCAUGGGAGAUUGCGGUGCGAUAGCAAGCUCUCUUUACACGAAGUUGGCAGAGCAGGCAACACUGCGUGCGCUGGUUCUGCCCGAAAUGCGCGUGCAUAGCGUAAAGCUGCUUCGGCUGCCGCCCUCCCGACAGCAGCUCCUACUUGACACGACGAUGUGGACGUUACGGCAGUGCUGUGACUGCUGUGAUCGUGACCUGAUGGAGAACUUGCACGUCCAGUGGUGCAGAGUACUGCAGAGUACGGCACCGGCCUCACGCGCGCGUACAGUCCUCCAGCGGAAAGCAUACGCUACCGCCUACUCUCAGCUAUUCCAACGACUGAGCGCUGCCUCCAGUGUGCGACAGGGGUAUCUUGUUUUGGUGCUGGCUGUCUGCGGUGAUUUCCUCGACCUAGUCGAGGCAGGAAAACUGCCACUUCAACGACCGCACGAUUACUUUGUCUUCCGUGGUACGCUUGCAACGCCACGCGGAGGCCAACCCUCGCCAAGGCGGGCGGCGUGA